AUGUCUGAUCCUUCUCAGAGCGCCGAGGCCCCAGCAAAGAAACAGGCUAGACGGCGACCUGGAGCUUCCAGCCCCAAGAGAAGAUGUGUGAGCACCGCAUGCAUCGCGUGUCGGAAGCGCAAGUCCAAGUGCGAUGGCGUCCUCCCCAGUUGUGCCGCCUGCUCCAGCGUGUAUGGCACAGAGUGCAUUUAUGACCCUAAUUCUGAUCACCGCCGGAGAGGCGUGUAUAAAGACAAGGUAACCAGCGGGAAGCCUCAGAUUUCAGCAUUCCAGGUGAUUAUCGAUGCGCUCAGACAGGGCACCGAGAGCCAAGCCAUCGAGAUAGUCAGAAGGCUCCGGGCAAGCGAUAACCUGGAUGAGCUGGCCGAUAAGAUAACCCGGAAUGAGAUGCACGACAGCGAUGCCGAGGAAGACGGAGGAGAUGAAGGUGACGACACAAACCAUCUGGUCGAAUAUUCAGAUGAUGAGGCUGGAGCUCAGCUGGCGGUCGAGGGCGAAAGGGACCUGGCCCGGAAAAUGGGUGAGCUGAGACUUGAGAAUGGCUCCGUACGGUUCAUCGGCGGGACAUCUCAUCUCAUCUACAUGGGAGAUUCCUAUAGCAACCCGGCGGAUGAGCCCAGUUCUGACAGUUACGCGCCGGGAACCAAUCCCAUUACUACUUGGACUCGAGUCACUGAUGACCCUGUACUGAUCGCACACCUCAUCAAUAAGUACUUUUGCUAUCACUACCCCUACUUCACAACUCUUUCAAAGAAGAUGUUUGAGAGAGACUAUCACAAAGGACGAGCCGGGAUCGACCCCAAAUCAACUGUGUAUUGCUCUUCUUUGUUGGUGAACGCCAUGCUGGCACUCGGCUGCCACUUCAGCGAUAUCUCCGGCGCGUAUGGGAUUGCAGGAGAUAGCCGCACAAAAGGCAAUCACUUUUUCGCAGAGGCGAAGCGCUUGAUUGUAGAGAACGACGAAUACGAGAAACCGCGACUAGUCACAGUCCAGGCCCUUGCCCUCAUGUCAGUGCGCGAGGCAGGUUGCGGAAGGGAGGCCAAGGGAUGGGUGUACAGCGGGAUGAGUUUCCGCAUGGCGCAAGAUAUUGGCCUCAACCUGGAGAUGGGAGGGCUCGAAAAGGAGGCAAUGAAUGAGUAUGAGAUCGAUGCACGCCGCGUUACCUUUUGGGGAUGUUACCUCUUUGACAAAUGCUGGUCAAACUAUCUUGGCCGACUGCCUCAACUCUCGAACGAAUCAUGCAACGUGCCCACGCUCGACGUCUUUCCGGAUGAGGAGGUCGAACUCUGGUGCCCGUUUCCAGACAGCGGAUUCGAGCCGUCCCUGGCGCAGCCGUCCAGAACACGGGCGGCAGCAGUUUACCUGUUUAAGCUCUGUGAAAUCAGCAAUGACUUGCUCGUGUUCUUCUACCACCCUAAUCACAUUGGGAGAUCGAGUGAGAAAGGUGUUGAAUUGAAGAAAUUGAGCGAGUUGCAUAGACGGCUCGAACAAUGGCGAAGGGAUCUUCCCACAGAAUUCGAGCCCAAGGAACGGCAGCUACCCAAUGUCAUCCUCACGCACAUGUUUUUUAAUCUCCAAUUCAUCCACCUAUUUCGACCUUUCCUCAAAUACUCCCCUUCAAAUUCCCCCUUACCCUCCCACGUAUCUCCGAGACGGAUUUGCACAGCGAACGCGGGUGCUAUUUCUAAGCUCAUGCGCCUCUACAAGAGAUCCUGGGGCCUCCGCCAAAUCUGUAAUAUUGCAGUCUACAUGAUUCACAGUGCUUGCAUCAUCCAUCUCCUCAAUCUCCCAGAGAAGAACGCGAAGCGCGAUAUCACCCACGGCAUCAAGCACCUUGAAGAAAUGGCAGAGGACUGGCUCUGUGCCAGAAGAACACUGUCUAUCCUCAGUGUCUUGGCGAGGAAAUGGAAAUGCGAGCUCCCGGAGGAUGCGGCAUUUGCCCUCCAACGAGCAGACGAAACCUAUGGAUAUUUCAACCCAUCAGAUGUGCCGUCUCCCAUGUCUCACCGCACCCUCUCACCGCCCUCAGCGGGUGAGGAUUUUCUACCCCAGAAUGAGACCGGAUCCCGCCAUCAACCUACCUCAGCCCAAAGUGCUGGCCAACCCUCAACCAGCACCAAUCAGUCGUUCAACACGGCGAGAGGCCUAUUCGCUGGAAACGCCCAGGAAGGCUAUUCCAGUGCAGAGCCCGCCAGCCUCCUAGCUCAGCAGCAACAAACCCCGGAAGUGUCUAUGCCUGGUUUCACCAGCUCGUUCAGUCCAGGACCGGCGUCGAAAUUCAGCGCUGGGAUGACUCCGAACCCAGCGAACCUGAGACAGGCACCUCUUUCCGGGGCCGGCAUGGAAAACCCAGAUUGGUUCUUCAACGACGGCGUGCGUUGGCAGCAGAGCUUUGAAUCAUGGGAAAUGGGCAAUCGGAGCUCGGCCACACCAAAUUUCGUGGCUGCUCCUUAUGUUUUCGGUGACGACACUUUAGAUAUGACGGACGAGGGUGGCCGAGGGUUGCCACAGCAAUCGGGGGCUGGAGAGAAUCUGACCGGAUUCGAAGGGUUUGACGCAACACUGAAUCAAGAUGAAUGGCUCUCUAAUUUGGAGUAA